AUGGGAAUUGGCUGCAGCUCUUGGACUCUCUGUGGAGGGGGCACGGCGGAAAGACGGCUCGCGAGAGGGCUGGCGAGACUGUAGCGGCAGCUGUCGCGAGAACAGCGCUGCCUGUUCCCUGUGGGUGUUGUCAUCCUUCCUCCGCGAGGGGUGCCAUAGAAACCGAAAGGGCGGCCUGGGUUGGUAGUUGGUGGCAGGCUCUGGAAUGAGGCUCUGAGAGCGCGGGAAGGGACGCGGAGGUAUAAGGCCUGCCGUUCUUGUCUCCAAAUCUGCUUUUUGAUCUCCUCAUAUUGGUCAAUUAAGAAGUGCUCUCCUGUAGGACAUUUGUUGGAUAUUGGAGCUGAUGUGAUUGCAGAGAUGAGUCCUACCACUUUCAUGGAUGAAGAGAAAGACACAUUUAAAAUUUUAGUUGCAACUGACAUCCAUCUUGGGUAUUUGGAAAAGGAUGCUGCACGUGGAAAUGAUACCUUUGUGACCUUUGAUGAAAUCUUGAAACUUGCUCAAGAUAAUAAGGUGGACUUUAUUUUAUUAGGAGGAGAUCUCUUUCAUGAAAAUAAACCCUCCAGGAAAACAUUACACACUUGUUUAGAAUUAUUAAGGAAAUACUGUAUGGGUGACCAUCCUGUUCAGUUUGAAAUUCUGAGUGACCAGGCAGUCAAUUUUGGUUUUAGCAAGUUUCCAUGGGUGAACUAUCAAGAUGAAAAUCUUAACAUUUCAAUUCCAGUUUUCAGUAUACAUGGGAACCAUGAUGAUCCUACAGGGGCAGAUGCUCUUUGCGCUUUGGACAUCUUAAGUUGUGCAGGACUUGUGAAUCAUUUUGGACGAUCACCAUCUGUGGAGAAGAUAGAUGUUAGUCCUAUUUUGCUUCAGAAAGGCAACUCGAAAAUUGCUCUCUAUGGAAUAGGAUCUAUUCCAGAUGAAAGGCUGUACCGAAUGUUUGUGAAUAAGCAAGUAACCAUGUUGAGGCCAAAAGAAGAUGAAGAUAGUUGGUUUAAUCUGUUUGUAAUUCACCAGAACAGGAGUAAACAUGGAGCAACUAACUACAUUCCAGAACAGUUUCUAGAUGAUUUUAUUGAUCUUGUAAUUUGGGGUCAUGAGCAUGAAUGUAAAAUUGCCCCAACUCGGAAUGAGCAGCAACUUUUCUAUGUUUCCCAGCCGGGAAGUUCAGUGGUUACAUCUUUGUCACCUGGAGAAGCUGCCAAAAAGCAUGUUGGCUUGCUACAAAUCAAAGGCAAAAAAAUGAAUAUGCAGAAGAUUCCUCUCCAGACAGUACGACCUCUCUACAUAGAGGACAUUGUUCUUGCUGACCAUCCAGGCAUAUUUAAUCCUGACAAUCCUAAAGUAACACAAGCAAUACAAGCAUUCUGCAUGGAGAAGGUUGAAACUAUGCUGGACAAUUCAGAAAGAGAGCGUCUUGUGAAUCCACGACAACCAGAGAAACCUCUAAUAAGAUUACGAGUAGAUUACAGUGGAGGCUUUGAACCAUUCAGCAUUGUUCGUUUCAGCCAGAAGUAUGCAGACAGAAUAGCUAAUCCAAAAGAUAUCGUACAUUUUUUCAGGCAUCGGGAGCAAAAAGAGAAAAAUGAAGUUGAGAUUAACUUUGGAAAUCUGGUCCACAAGCCUACAUCUGAGGGAACAACCCUGAGGGUAGAAGAUCUUGUGAAGCAAUAUUUCCAAAAAGCAGAGAAGAAAGUGCAACUUUCCCUUCUGACUGAAAGGGGAAUGGGAGAAGCUGUGCAAGAGUUUGUGGAUAAGGAGGAGAAAGAUGCAAUUGAAGAGUUGGUGAAAUUCCAGCUAGAAAAGACACAGCGGUUUCUGAAGGAACGACAUAUAGAUGCAGAAGAAGCAAAAAUUGAUGAAGAGGUAAAAUGUUUCAGAGAGUCAAGAAGAAAGAAUACCAUGGAAGAGGACGAGGAAGUUCGUGAGGCUCUAAGCAGGGCCAAAGCCCACCGAUCCCAGGGAGCUGACCAUGCUUCUGUUGCUAGUGAUGAUGACCUCAUGGACUUGGCCACCUCUGAACAAAGAGCUAAUGAGGAUUCAGAUGAUUCUUUACCACCGAGCUGGGGAAAAGGCAGAGGGAGAGGUCGAGGAAGAGGCGGAAGAGGACAGAACGUCACAGCCAGAGGACGAUCUCGACGAGGAAAAGCAGGAAGCACUGAGCAAGACAGCAGUCGAACAUAUAAGCCUCUCUCCACACCUAUAAAGAAUAUGUCUAUCAUAGAUGCUUUUCAGUCAUCGAGGCAGCAGCCAUCCCGAAAUGUGCCUGCCAAGAAUUAUUCAGAGGUGGUAAUUGAAGAUGAUGACUCUGAUUCAAAAGAAGUGUCAUUUACCCCAUCUUCUACUGCAAAUCCAAGGUUAUCAAGCACAUCAGCAUCUAGUAAAAGCUACUCACAGAGCCUGGCAUCAAGAGGAGUAAACUUUGACUCAGAUGAGGAGGAUUUAUUCAAGAGUGCUUCAACUUCAAGAAGAAACAGAUGAUGAUUCCCAAAAUUCUGCAGUUACCUUAAGAUAUGCAAGGGUUUUUUUUUUCCAAAUCGUUUGGUGGUUACAUAUGUCCUUGUUUGUUACAUAUGACCUUAAAAUCCAUUGGUUCCUUGGUGGAGAAUUGAAACAUGCAAUAUCACUGGAAGUGCAUGAAAACACAGGAGACUGAACAAAGGGGAAGAAGUGGAAGUGAUUUUUGCAAGUUCCUUUUCCCUGCAGAUACAGUGCCUCCUGGAAAUCUCUAGUAAUCUGGAAUAGUGCAGGCAGUUGGGAAUUUGCAAAAAUUGCCUCUCCUUACCCUCUAGCAGGACUCCUUGCUGGAUUUUGGUCCCUCCCCAGGAUGGAGGUGCAACUCUGCAUUCAACCCAGUGGAAAUGGUAGCUUCCGGAGCCCAAACUUCCUUCCUCUCACUCUUUACAGAAAGAAAAAAGUCCAGGAAGCUAAUGAAAUGCCUUUUUCACACAGCUAGGUAUUUUUGCCCUGUGGCUGAGAAACAUUUAAAUGUUUUGUUUUUACUAUUUUUAAGUGCUCUUGCUUUUCAGUUUUGUUAUCCCUUAUACUUUAGUUAAAAGGGGAAGUGCUCUUUGUCUGAGAUGACAUUGUUUAGUAUUGAAACUUAAAUCUUCUCAGUGGUUUUAAUGUUACUGGUUGCUUAAGAAGGGCCCGCUAAGUACUUGGGUAUAUAGACUCCUUCUUUGAGCAUAACAUUUAAGAUUUGCUAAAAGGGGCCUUAAAACGUGUACAUAGCUUUAGGCCAGGGUUGGGUGAUAUGUGGCAUAUGAAAGGUUUCGACCUGUAAUUCCUGUCAUUUUCUGACUUUUGGCCGUAAUGGUUAGGGCUGUUGAGGUUUGUACCCAAAGCAUAGGGGAUCACAAAUUGCCUCCCCCUACUUUGGGUUGAUAGCUUAUAGUCAGCUUAUACAUAGGAUGCUUUCCUAAAAAUUUAAAAAAUGACUCUUUUUGAUGAGCUGGUUGAAUGCUUAAGCAGUUGGCUUCUCUUUUAAUAUAGGUAGUAAGUAAUCACUGAGGUAGUAUAUGGAUAAAUAAUAUAUGAAUAAGAUGCCAAAGUUCAUCCAACAUGCCUUUUUUUCCCUUUACUGUAUUUCUGCCCAAAUUACAUUCAUGAGUCAGAAAAAUCAGUUCGUAUAGAUACAUUUUAGCAUUGUAAUUUAGGGCAUAGUUCUUAAGAUCCUUGUUGGUUUUGGUAAAUUUUAAGUAAUGCAAUGUAUUUUCACAUAGAGCAUCCAUACACAGAUUAUUGUAUUUUUAUAAGGACUUUAAUAGCCCUGGAGAAGCAAAUAGGAGACCCAAGAAUAAUGUGGAACAGUUAAAUAUUGGAUUUUUUGUAAAUUCUUUCUUUUUCUUCCCUUGUAUAUUUUAUCAAGAUUUUGAAUGGACUUGUGCUAAUUUUUUCUUUUUAAGCAUCUCGGAUUGGUCUUAGUAAACAUAGAAGCAAAAUAAAGGCUGUUGAUUAUGCUGCUGUUAAGAAGAAAAGUAGCUACAAUAUCUGCAUUUUUUCCUUUGAUUCUUUAUUUUAAGGUAUUUCUUUAAAGGUAAAUGAAUGAAUGGGGGAGGGAGGGAGGGAAGCCUCAAUCUCCUUGUGUGUCACACCUAUCAGCCAGAAUAGAGUUGGGUGUUGGUGACCAUUUACCCCUGUGUAAGCAUUUAAGAAACAAAUAUGCCUCCCCUGCAUAUUUUAGUCUAAACUUUAAGUCUAAGCUAAGACUCAAGUGCCAGGAGAAAGUAGGUAUGGGCACAAGAACACCAAAAAGGACUAGUCAUUGGUUUGAAGCCUUCUGAAAAAUACAUGGUUUGCUUUAAUUCAGCCGUGUGGCAGCAUCCAACCUGACCCUGCCUCUAAUGUAAAUUACAUUUGCUGAUGUAACAAGUUUCCCCAGAAAAGCUGUCAUCCCAGGAAGGCUGUUUUCCUUCCACUAGAGGUCAUUUAUGUGACAACAGCCUAAUUUACAUUAGUGGUAGCAUUACAUUGGGCACUGUCCAUGGAACUAUAUAUGCAUGCUCUAAAUAGUUCUAGCAGUUAUAGGACUGUGACUGUGUGUUCUCCAUUUCUGAUCUGGGGAAGACUUUAGUUUUAUACCAGUUGCCAAGGAACCUUGACCAUGCUAUGUUACCAAGGGGAGGAAUGGAUAGAGAAAACCUAUUCUCUCGACACAGCAGUAUAAAUGUUUGUUUUAGGAGAAAACAGGACUAUAGACAUCAGCAACUACCAUUUAUGAAUUACUAAUUGAGAUUUUAAAAUAGUUGCUUUCUCUCUAAGAUGACAGUGCAUGUUUCGUGUGUGUGUGUGUGUGUGUGUGUGUGUGUGUGUAUGCCUUUCAGGAAUAAAGGGUCUAACUUACAAAGACCCACCACUGACAUAUUUUGAUGAAUAAAAUGUCACACUGAAAAUGCAUUCUCCCACGUUGUCAAUCUGAGUUGCAAAGAUUUUCAAAAAGGGGCAGGUCAGACUUGCGUGUGUGUGUGGUUGUAGCAAGUGAACAUGCAUUAGGUUAUAUUGGCCAGAAUCAAACAUGUUGGGGGCAUGCAAGAGUUCGCAUGUGUUUGUUGCAUAUUUUGCUAUGCAGUAGGCUGCCAUGCCAUCUUUUGCACUACUUUUCAAGCCCCUCAGUUUCAGAAAAGGUUUGCUCUGAGAAGCUGUUGCUAAAGAGGAACAUGCCCACUCCCUUGAACUCAUUGCAGUCUGGCUAUUUCCCGAAGCCACACACAGGGCUUACUGAGAUCUGUUCCUAGUCUUACGUGCAUAUGCUGUGAGGAAAUGUCACUGAAAGCAUGAAGGGGUAGGUACACAUUUAAAAAUAAUUCAAAAUUGUGGUGAUCGACUUUGUGUUGUGAGUGUGUCCAUCCAACCAUCCUCUUGGGACAAUUUCCCUUUUCAGAAGUGUAAACUUUUUUAAAAAAUUAAAAAACAUGUAUGAGCAA